AGAGUCAGCCGCCAUCUUGGUUAACCCAAAACAUUGUGAAAGAAAACUUUGCUAAAAUCAAGUCAAAAUAUAAAUAUAAAUGAUCAAAUAAUUUGCCUGUUCUACAAAGAAUUGUUUGCUAACUGACUAUCGGGUUCAGUUUAUUCCAAAAUAUUGGAAUACUGAAGUAGACAUUCAGAUAAUAAACACGCUUUUAGAAGAUGUAAAGACAUCUUUUAGACAUAUUUUACACAGUGUGAAUAUCUUAUGGAAUGAAAAUAAAUGUUUAAAAAGGAGAAAACAAAGAAUAAUGAAUGAAACGGUUGCUGCCCUAUCUCAAAACCCCUAGGCUAUGCAGCAGCACUCCACUCUACUAGUAAUUGAUCCAAAUAGUAUGCCAAAAAAUACUAAUUACACACUUGGAGAGGGAAGAUUAGUUUAUAAGUGCAAAACAAAUCUGGAAGCAAAGUUUUUAUGGAAAGUGUGUCGUUCAUUCCAUCCUGAUGUUUGGCAUGAAGAAUCAUCUUAUAUAUCCUGCGAAAAAAUGCUUAAAAAACAAUCACACUACUGCAAAGAUGUAAAACCAAAUGCAAUUACAAAAAAUGAUUAUUAUUACCUAGACAAUGGUGUAAUGGGUUAUUUUAGUCAAUUACUUUUGGACCAUGUACAACAACCUCAUAAAGGAUGUAUACUGUGCACAGCUAUUCGUGGUAACUCAGUUGUAAACGCAUUUACUCAAUACGAAUAUAGAGAUGAGUGUGGAAGACCAAGUCAUCAGGAAGCUGCAUUUACAAAUUACAAGAUAUGUCGUUCAAGAAGCGGAUAUAAUUUGACUAAAAAGAAAUGUUGGUCAAGUAAACCAGAAGGUUUAGAAGUUUUUCAAAAACUAGAUGAUCUUGGAUUUGUUGACACCUAUGUAAAAUGGAAGAAUCCAAAAGGGUCUAAUGAUGGCAUUAUAUAUGGUUAUGAAAUAACUGUUGAUAAAAUCAAUGAAAGAGAGACAGAUUAUACAUGUUACAUUAUAAAUAGAUAUGAUGAAAUUGAAAAUAAUGACAUGCAAAACCUACUUGAUAAACUGAAAUUGAGUAUUGAAGAAAAUAGCGAUCACAUAUUGUAUACUGCAAAUGUAAGUGAUCUUAUUGGUUAUCGUGAAUUUUCACAACAGGCAGAGUAUAACAUUUCUGUAAAAGUUUUGCCAAUAUCAGAACCAGCAACAAUAACUUUUAAAGAAAGUUCGCAAGAAGAUAUGUGUAAUGAUUACUAUAAAAAGAACAAUUUUCUACCCUUAAAGUGUUAUAUGGUAACCAAUAUUGCUGUUCUAAAUUGCUUUCCUAACAAACUUGUCAAUAUUUCCUGGGAUAUUGAAAAGCACAUAAAUUUGAAAAACUUAAGUGGUAUGAUAAGCAUUUGGUGGGCUAAUUGUAAUGGUAACGAAUUUAAUCACAAGUUAAAAAUGGAUCAAAAAUAUUUUGUUUUCCAUAAUAAAAGUUCAACAUGUGCUUCUGGGCUUAUAGAACUGACGUUUUCAAACACAUCAGGCUAUCCACAAUAUUUUUCAUUUAAUUGUUCAGAAAAGUUAAAAAAUGAAAAAAAAACAGCAGAAAACAAAAUUGCUAUUUAUAUCACAGCUGCAGCUCUGGUUACAGUUUUAUCUAUAUGUUUGGCUUUGGCAAUAAAGUUUAUAAGGAAUUUCAUCUAUUUGCUUAAAAAACUUCAAGCGUUCAAAAAUGGGAAAUGUGUUUCAUUUGAAGAGUUGGACAUUCAAAAUGUUUCUCGUGAAGGUAAUAUAUCUGUAAUGAUAGUGCGCCCUCGUGGUUGUGGUAUAUUAGAAGAAUUAGUGUUGGCACUUGCUAAUAUUUUGAAUUCUAAUGGAAUAAACGUUCUAGCUGAAUUCCUGCAGGCCGAAAAAAUAAACAAUAAAGGUUUGGCAGUUGUUUUACAGGAAGACUUUGAAAAAGCUGAUUAUGUAGUUAUACUGUGUACGGAGCCAAUCGGCUCACCGCUUGAAAUUCACAACUCUUAUAAAUUUGUGAUAAAUCAACUUUUAUCUAACAAUGCAUUGAAAGGUGAUAGCCUAAGUAAAUAUAUUGCAGUUUACUUUGAUAGUUGUGAUAAAUUUGUUCCUUGUUAUCUUCACCAACGAACAUAUUUACUUCCUACUUUUUUUGAUGCAUUUAUUCUAAAUCUUUAUGGAGUACAGUUUCCAUUUCCAACCAUAAUUUCUAAAAUGUUGAAAGAAACACGUGAAAUGGUAAAAAAGAAGAAACAAUUUCGUUUACUCUGUGAAAAACUCAAAGAUAGUAAUCAUAUUGAUUGUGACCCUAACAACUGUAGAAAAGCAAAUUUUGAAGCAAGAAGUUCACACAGUUCUUUGAGUCGUUUCAGUUUUGAAUCUUCUGGUAACAUUAAUGAUGAAGAAUUUGAUUUUCAGAAUAAUUUUAUUAUACAAAAGAAAGUCUUUCUCAAGAAACCACUUGAUGAAACUAACCUUUAGAUGAUUUUUUUUUUGGUCAUAUUUUUUUAAAUAUAAGCAAAUUUUGUAUUUAUAUAAUGUAAUAUUUUACAAAUAAAUUUUUUGAUUUUAUUGUUGC